GCCAACACGAAUCUCUCAGGGCCCUCGAUCCCUCAUACUCUACCAUCUCACCCGGGGUGUCCACGUUUAAGCUGUUGCUAUAGCUCCACUACUCUUUCGAUCCCGACCUCCUACUCACGACCGCCUUUUUGUCUGCCUGUCUGACCUGAUCAAGGAGGUGUACCAAGACUAUAUCUUGCCGCCCAGCCGCAGUCUUGUUCAUCCUCCUCACUUCCUUCACAUUCAUCCGUAGUUGUUUCACUUGAGCUCUCUUUCUCUUCACGUCACAGAGAGAGCUUAUUCUUUUUUAUUCAGCACCAAAUUGCUACCCCGCCUUUACAACCAAUACCCCGCCAAUUGCUGCAAUUGUUGCCAUCAUGAGUUCCAACAAGCCUACCCGCAAGUUUUCCACGGGCGCUACGUCGCACCGCAAGAGGCAGAUGAGCCUUCUCGUCGAGAAGGAUGGUCACGUCAAUGCUCCUCUCCAGACUCUGUACCUUGGAAUCUCUGCCGUUUUCGCCGAUGACCAUACCGCCGUGAUUGCACUUGCUAUCCACGACACCGUCUAUCUCAAUGAUUUCUCCAUCAAGCACAUCUCCCUCGAUGAGGAUAUGCGUGAGGGCCAGGAUCUCAUUGCUGAUCACAUCAUCAACGAGGUUGAGACUUAUGAGCAUGAGAACUUCGUCAAGUUCAUUGGAGCUGGUCUCCCCGUCACGCUCAAGUACAUGAGUCCUUCUCUGUGCUCCCGCCUGUGGCUUGACCUCGAUAUUGUACCUGUUGUGCUCCGACCCGACCACGAAGCCAAGGAGAAGAACUUCUGGGAUGUCAAGCGCGUCGAUGAGCAAGCAGAUUCCAUGGCCCGAAAGUGUAUUCUUAACUUUGGUCCCUCUCUCGUCCCUCAUCUGCAGGUCGGCUACCGCGGCAUUGUUCAGACAGACGCCGGUUUUCGUGUUCAUCUCACCAACCUCCAAAACCACAAGGACACCUGCUCCAGUGCGACAUGGGGUGCCAUGCAGUUCUAUGCCAACAAGCUCCGCGAGAAGAAGACGAAGAUUGCAUUCUUCAGUGCUACUCCCCAGGGUGGUGGUGUUGCUCUCAUGCGUCACGCUCUUGUCCGUCUCAGCCGUCUCUUGGGUGUUGAUGUGACCUGGUAUGUCCCCAAGCCACGACCUGGCGUUUUCCGAAUCACGAAGAAUCAGCACAACAUUCUCCAGGGCGUCAGUCACCCUGACCAGCGCAUUUCGGACGCGGAGAAGGCUGCUAUCACCGACUGGAUUGAGGACAAUGCCAAGCGAUACUGGCUCUCUGAGGGUGGUCCUCUCCGUCCCCCGGAGGAGGGUGGUGCCGAUGUUAUCAUUAUCGAUGACCCCCAGAUGCCCGGCCUCGUCCCCAUGAUCAAGAGACUCACACCUGAUCGCCCUGUUCUGUACCGGUCUCACAUCCAGAUCCGAAGCGACCUCGUGGCCAACGAGGGUUCUCCCCAGAAUGACAUCUGGAACUAUCUCUGGAGCAACAUCAAAGAUACCGAUCUGUUCAUCAGCCACCCUAUCCCCAAAUUUGUUCCUCACACGGUUCCCAAGGAGAAGGUUGUUUACCUGCCCGCUACUACCGACUGGAUUGACGGCCUCAACAAGCACAUGAACAAGUGGGAUACCGGCUACUACGCUCAUAUCUAUAACCAACAGUGCCGAAACCAGCGAAUGACUGAGCUCGAUUGGCCCAACCGCAAAUACAUUGCUCAAGUUGCUCGGUUCGACCCUGCCAAGGGUAUUCCCACUGUCAUCGACUCAUAUGCUGAGUUCCGUCGCCGUUGUGACGAGGCCAACAUUUCUGAUGUUCCCCAGCUCGUCGUCUGCGGUAACGGAUCCAUUGAUGACCCAGAUGGUGCAAUCAUCUUUGAUCAGACUAUGGCCCAACUUGAAGAUCAUUACCCUCACCUCCUUGACGAUGUCAGCGUCAUGCGCCUGGACGCUAAUGACCAGCUUCUCAACAUGGUCAUCGCCAAUGCCCACGUUAUUCUCCAGCUGUCCACUCGUGAGGGAUUCGAAAUCAAGGUCUCUGAGGCUCUUCACGCCGGAGUUCCUGUGAUUGUCUCCAAUGAAGGCGGUAUCCCUCUUCAGGUCAAGGACAAGGUCAAUGGCUACCUCGUUACCCCUGGCGACUACAAGACCGUUGCUGGACAUCUCAUGGACCUGUACACCGAUCAUGAGCUCCAUUCCAGGAUGUCUCGUGAGGCUAGGAACGGUGUCAGUGACGAGGUCGGCACUGUCGGAAACGCCCUUGGCUGGUUCUACUUAGCUGCUAAGUGCCAGGAGCUGGGUUGCAACCCUGGUCUCAAAGGUGAUGAGAAGUGGGUAAACGAUAUGGCUCGUGAAGAGGCUGGUUUUCCUUACACUGAGGGCGAGAAUCGUCUUCCUCGUCACUACACGCAGCGAAAGGAAGAGCAGACGGUCCAGGAAAACGGCGAGUAAUGUUCUAAGCACCGUUGCUCUUGUGUUAGAUUCAAUUUUAUCCAAAAAUGUCUGGGGUAAGAAAAAAGAAAGAGGAUAGAGGCUUAUUUGUUUGAGGUCAAAGGAUCGUUAGAAAUGUUGUUCAUGACUACGACGGGCUUAUUUAUGAAAUGUCGGACCACAUGGUCGGGAACGAAUUCUACUUAUAUUCAGUAUCAGAUUUAUGUUGAGCUUAUGAAAUACCAUUGUCUUAUGUGUAUAA